CCCGUGCAGGCCGUCAGGAGGGUGCAGGAUCCGCAGCGGGUUUACCAGGAGAAGCUGCCCGACCACAUGGAUGAUGGUAUGAAGCAUCAGGACCCAGGGAUGUACAAAGGAUCUGCGUACUCUGGCUACCCCUUCCUCAUGCUCUCAGAUCCUUAUCUGCCGAAUGGAUCCAUGUCACCGCUGUCCAACAAGGUUCCUGUCGUGCAGCCCUCGCACGGAGUCCACCCGCUCACCCCGCUCAUCCCUUACAGCAACGACCAUUUCAGCCACGGCUCCCACUCGCCCCACUUGCCUGCUGACAUCAACCAGAAGCAAGGAGUGCACCGUCCUUCCCAGACCUCAGACAUCCCUGGAUUCUACCCCCUCCCUCCUGGUGGAGUCGGACAGAUCACACCGUCGAUGGGAUGGUUCACUCACCCGCUGGUGCUGGGCUCUGGCAUGCACACCACCGGCAUCCCGCACCCCGCCAUCGUGCCCCACUCCGGCAAGCAAGACAUGGAGCACUAUGACCGGAACAUGAAACCUCAACCAGAACCAAAGAGAGAGAAGGAAGCCAAGAAGCCCACUAUCAAGAAGCCCCUGAAUGCUUUCAUGUUGUAUAUGAAAGAAAUGCGGGCGAAAGUCAUUGCCGAGUGCACCCUGAAAGAGAGUGCUGCCAUCAACCAGAUCCUGGGACGGAGGUGGCACGCGCUGUCCCGGGAGGAGCAGGCCAAGUACUACGAACUGGCUCGCCAGGAAAGGAGUGGCUGCUGUGGUCGGGGGAAGAAGAAGAGACGAACACGGGAAAAGCAGCAAGAUUCCAACUCAGAUCCUGCCUCUCCUAAGAAAUGCAGAGCUCGCUUUGGCCUCAACCAACAAACGGACUGGUGCGGCCCGUGCAG